AUGACAUCAUUCCAUCACAACGGAAAUGUCAAAUAUUUGAAAACAUUCAUCUCUUUCAUUAAAAUCACACAAUUUCGAUUUUAUCAUGUCUUCCCAAAUUCAAGCAAGUGAAAUAGAAACUCAACUGCCUCGAAGAUCCAGAGAAUACAGCCAUUCUGAUAUGAGCGACUAUCAAAAACAACUUUGGAUAAGAAAAUUAACACAAACCGAAGGUUGCUACGAAUCUCCCAUCGACAUAUGUCUUACCAGGUCGAAAGAAAUUGAACUGCCUCCCCUCGAGUGGAUCAACUUUGAGAUCCCUCCGAAAAAAAUCAAAAUUACGAACACAGGACAAACGAUAAUUUUCAGCGCAAAAUGGGGCCAAGAACGUCCCUACCUGGCCAGCGGGCCGUUUUUGGGAAAGUACGUCUUUUCUAAUUGGCACCUCCACUGGGGAGCAAACGAUAUGGAAGGGAGCGAACAUUCUGUAGACGGGACGAGUUAUCCAGCAGAGAUGCACGUCGUUACAUUUAAGAGUUGCUAUUUGACGCAAGAGGCCGCUCUAAAAGAACAGGACGGAUGUGCGACAUUGGUUUAUUUAUUCAAGCUCCAAGAUGCUCCUAAUCCAGCCUUUCAAACGAUAGUCGACGCGUUGCUAGACGUUCCAAAAGCGGGCACCUCAAAAAAAAUCGAACCCUCCAUCAUAACAAAUCUCGUUAAAAAAUUCACUUCAGAUUAUUUCAUGUACUGGGGCUCUGUGAGCACAGAAAAAUGCGUCCAUUACAUCUUGUGGUUAAUUUCCAGAAUACCCAUUGCAGUGUCUGCCGAGCAGAUCGACUCUUUGCGAUUCAUAUUCGACGAAAAAGGAAACCCGUUGACAAGGAACUUCAGGGACGUGAACAACCAAAAGAGAACCGUCUUCCACGUGAACCCGUCCAGUUCGAAGUACUCGACGUUGCUGCCGUUUUCGAAUGGCUCCCGCGACGUGGUGCAGCUCUUCAGAUGCGAAUCAGACUACAACGUGGAAGAUGCGAGUAUCCUACAGAUUGGAGCGAAAGCUUUCAAGAACUUGGAAAAGAGCAGGGAAGCCGCUUCAAAAUCUUUGUCGUUCAACCGAGCGGAAGAGAAAGGACCUGCGAUCAACUUGAAGAAAUAUAUUUAUUCGUUUUAACGGGUUUAUAUUACUUAACAGCGACAAUACAGGCAUUUUCCGGU